CUCAUCCUCCCUCUUCGGGUUGUUUGGGAUCUUUUACCCUGCUCAGUCAUUCAGGUCUAACGCCCCUGCAGAGAGGGAAGAGGAGGGAGCUGUCAGCUCCCCAAACGCUUGGGCCAUGCCUGCGCUACUGGAGGAGUUCUGUGGCUCCGUCUUUUGGAAUGCUUCCUUACUGGAUGUUCCCCAGCCCGACCUGCCGCUCUGCUUCGAACAGACCGUGCUUGUUUGGAUCCCUCUGGGCUUUCUCUGGCUUUUGGCUCCUUGGCAGCUUCUUCCCAUGUUUAAACCCAAGACCAAGAAAUCAUCUCUAACCAAACUCUACCUCACCAAGCAGGCGCUGACCACAUUGCUCUUACUGACAGCAAUGGCUGAACUGGCCUUCACGCUUGCAGAGGACUUUGGCCAAUACCCCCACCCGACUCCCGCCAGCAGGAACCCCGCUGUCCAAUACACAAACCCUGCGCUGUACACCGUGACAUGGUUCCUGGUUCUGCUGCUCCAUGACACUCAGCGCUUCCACCAGCGCAGGGACUCCGGACCACUCUUCCUCUUCUGGAUUCUCUCCCUGCUCUGCGGGGUGUUCCCGCUCCAGACACUGGUCCGGAAGGCACUGCUGGGCCUGGUUCCUGACCUGCCACGGUUCAGCCUCUUCCUCAUCUCCUAUGGGCUCCAGCUUCUCCUCUUGAUCAUCUCUGCUUUCUCGGAUGUCGCCCCAGAAACAGAGGAAAUGGCCAAGAAGAACCCAGAGGUCACAGCCUCCUUCCUGAGCUCUAUCACCUUUGGCUGGUACAGCAGGAUGGUUCUGAGGGGCUAUCGCAAACCCCUGGAGAUGGAAGAUCUCUGGGACUUGAAAGAAAACGUGAAAACGCAGCAAAUCUUCAGCAGGUUUGACAGGAACAUGAGGGCCCAGGUGAGGAAGGCCCGUCGGGAGCUGGAGAGACGCCGCUGCAAGAGGAGCUUGCGCGAGGCAGCCCCAGACCACAGGAAUGGGCUCGGCAAGGCUCAGAGUCAAGACAUCCUGGUGCUGGAGGAGAAGCAGCCGAAGCAGAAGAAGAAGGAGGAUGUGGGGGGCCCCAGUGGGGAUUACCCCAAGGCCUGGCUGGCCAUGGCCCUGAUCAGAAGCUUUGCGGGGAACCUGCUGAAAUCAGUGGCUUUCAAGCUGGUGCACGACCUGCUGGUGUUUGCCAGCCCCCAGCUGCUGAAACUGCUGAUCUCCUUUGUUGCGGACCCCAAGGCGUAUGCCUGGCAGGGCUACCUCUACGCCUUGCUACUGUUUGUAACCGCGCUGGUCCAGUCGAUCUGCCUGCAGCAGUACUUCCAGCUCUGCUUCCUGCUGGGCACGAGCCUGCGCACGGCACUCAUGGCCGCUGUCUACAAGAAGGCGCUCACUGUCUCCAACGCCACCCGCAAGGAGUACACCCACGGUGAGACGGUGAACCUGAUGUCGGCCGACGCCCAGAGGUUCAUGGACCUGGCCAACUUCAUCCACCAGCUGUGGUCGGCGCCGCUACAGAUCGCCCUGUCCAUCGUCUUCCUGUGGUGGGAGCUGGGCCCCUCGGUCCUGGCAGGAAUCGGGGUCAUGGUGCUGCUCAUCCCCAUCAACGCUGUCCUGGCCACCAAGGCCAGAAGCAUUCAGAUGAAGAACAUGAAGAACAAGGAUCAGCGCAUGAAAAUAAUGAAUGAGAUCCUCAGUGGGAUCAAGAUUCUGAAGCUGUUCGCCUGGGAGCCUUCGUUUGAGCGACAGGUUGGGGAGAUCCGUGUGCGUGAGCUGAAGGGUUUGCUGCACUUUACCUACCUUCAGGCUUUUUCCAUCUUCAUCUUCUCCUGUGCCCCGUUCCUGGUCUCUGUGGCCAGCUUCGCCGUCUACGUCAUGGUGGAUGAGAAGAACGUCCUAGACGCACAGAAGGCAUUUACCUCCAUCUCCCUCUUCAACGUGCUGCGCUUCCCCAUGGCCAUGCUGCCCAUGGUCAUCUCCUCCUUGGUGCAGACCAGCGUGUCCACCGAGCGGCUGGAGCGGUACCUGGGGAGUGGCGACCUGGACCCCUCAGCCAUAAGACGUGACCCCAGUGUUGACUGCGCGAUUCAGUUCUCCGAGGCCUCCUUUACCUGGGAGCAGGGUGCCGAGCCUGCGAUCAGAGAGGUCACUUUGGAUAUCAAGCCUGGGCGUCUGGUGGCUGUGGUCGGGGCGGUGGGCUCAGGGAAAUCCUCACUGGUGUCAGCUGUGCUAGGAGAGAUGGAAAACCUCAAGGGGCACAUUAACAUCCAGGGCUCUGUGGCCUACGUUCCCCAGCAGGCCUGGAUCCAGAACGCCACGCUGAAGGACAACAUUCUCUUUGGGUCAGAACUGGAUGAGGCUAGGUACCAGCGGGUUGUGGAGGCCUGUGCUCUCCUUCCAGACCUGAAGCUGCUCCCUGGAGGUGACUUCACAGAGAUUGGAGAGAAG